UUCUUGUGAGGUUUUCGCUGGCGUUCCUUGGAAAAUCUAGUUCUACCCGCCCCCGAGGCUACGAUUCAAGGGUAUUCAAUUAGUCAAUAUAGCCCACACGACGCUCUUAAUAUAAAAGUGAACUUUUUUUUGUCCAGUCUGGCAGCACUAAAAAAGUAGCGCCUUUCGGUGUGACCAGCUGCCGUAUAUAUAAGAAGUCGGGCGCAUUAAUCUCCUAAAAUAUAAUAAAACAAAUAAUUUCAAAUGAAUGAUUCCUCCGAUUCGGAAUACGAGGACGUAGAGUACUUGGUCUUCGCAGAUUUCAAGAAAUCCAUCGAACCCAACGAGCUGAAGCACGAGGAUGCGGCCAUCAAGGUUAUUGGGAUCGAGAGCGAUACUCCCAUGGCUGAGGUGAAUGGUCACAUCUAUAGGGGUCGCUACGAACACUCCGUGGGCACUAAUUUGUUCUUUGAGAAGGACAAGCGGGAAGACAAGCCAGCCGGCGAUCCUCUGUACGAGUCCGUGUGUCGCCAGCGGUACAAGUACGUUGAUAAGUCUACCAAGGUGAUAUCCUUCGAGCGGACCUACAUAGACAACUUGCAGCAGCUGCUGGCCGAAAAGUCGGCCAAGGCUGAAGAGGGCGAACAGGUGGGGCCUGAGCAGUCCCUUAAAUUGAAUAUAACCUACAAGGAGGCGAUAAACAAGUUCGGGGAGGAUCCAUAA